GCUCCAGCGUCUCCCGCCAGCGCCCAAUGGGCUGAUGCAAAGCGUCCUAAAGUCCCGUCACUUCCCGGCUAGGAAGCCGGCAAGGCUUGAAGAGUAACGCCCGGGGGAGGGGGCGGGCGCUGAACCCACGCAUCCCCAGUCCGGCCGUGGUCCCCUGCAGUCUCGGGGCCGUCCCCCCUCCCAGGGGCCGGCACCAACAUGCCCUUUGACUUCAGGAGAUUUGACAUCUACCGGAAGGUACCAAAAGACCUCACUCAGCCAACAUACACUGGGGCGAUCAUCUCUGUCUGCUGUUGCCUCUUUAUUCUGUUCCUCUUCCUCUCGGAGCUCACUGGAUUCAUAGCCACUGAAAUAGUGAAUGAACUCUAUGUCGAUGAUCCAGAUAAGGACAGUGGAGGUAAAAUAGAUGUCAGUCUGAACAUCAGUUUACCAAAUUUACACUGUGAAUUGGUCGGACUGGACAUCCAGGAUGAGAUGGGGAGACAUGAAGUUGGACAUAUAGAUAACUCAAUGAAGAUUCCUCUAAAUGAUGGUGAAGGCUGCCGGUUCGAGGGCCAGUUCAGCAUCAACAAGGUCCCUGGCAACUUUCAUGUAUCAACACACAGUGCCACUGCACAGCCCCAGAAUCCAGACAUGACUCAUGUCAUCCACAAGCUGUCCUUUGGAGACACAUUGCAGGUUCAGAACAUUCAUGGAGCAUUCAACGCUCUGGGAGGAGCUGAUAAACUCACUUCUAACCCCCUUGCCUCCCAUGAUUACAUCUUGAAGAUCGUCCCCACAGUGUACGAAGAUAAGAGUGGAAAGCAACGGUACUCAUAUCAAUACACAGUAGCCAACAAGGAAUACGUUGCAUACAGUCACACUGGUCGCAUCAUCCCUGCUAUCUGGUUUCGUUACGACCUGAGUCCCAUCACAGUGAAGUACACAGAGAGGCGGCAGCCACUGUACAGGUUCAUCACCACGAUCUGUGCCAUCAUUGGAGGUACAUUUACAGUGGCUGGAAUCCUGGACUCCUGCAUUUUCACAGCCUCUGAGGCUUGGAAGAAGAUUCAACUUGGAAAGAUGCAGUAACCCCGUGACUCCAUCUCCCUUUGCCAGGGACAGCAAUGCAGGAUCCCAGACCCAUCAUUCUAAUGAAUAUAUUUCCUUUUUCCUUCUAUCA